CCCCUCGCCCCCGCCCGCCGCGAGCAUCUCCCGGCGCCCGCUUUAUAUAGCCUCGCGCCGCCCGACUCUGCACACUCCUCCCGACUCCCAGCUCGUCACCACAUCUGCACCGACAUUGCAAUGGCAGCCAAGUUCUUAGUACUCUUUGCCUGUGUGGCUUUGUGCUCAGCGCAUCUCGUGCGGCGCGAGGCCGAGACCGCGUCGCCGCUGGACACGCUGCAGAAGCAGGCCAGCGAGUUCGGCAAGACGUUCAGCGAGCAGCUCAACUCGCUCGCCAACUCCAAGAACACGCAGGAGUUCAACAAGGCGCUCAAGGAGGGCUCCGACUCCGUGCUCAAGCAGCUGUCCGACUUCUCGCAGUCGCUGCAGAGCGCCUUAAGCGACGCCAACGGCAAGGCGAAGGAAGCGCUGGAGUCGACCCGCAACAACAUCGAGCGCACCGUGCAAGAGCUGCGCCAGUCGCACCCAGAGGUGGAGCAGCAGGCCACCGCGCUGCGCGACAAGCUGCACAGCGCCGUGCAGACCACCGUGCAGGAAACCCAGAAGCUCGCCAAGGAAGUGGCCGCCAACAUGGAGGAGACCAACAAGAAGCUGGAGCCUCAGAUCAAGAAGGCGUACGAGGACUUCGUGAAGCAAGCCGAGGAGGUACAGAAGAAGCUGCAUGAGGUCGCCAACAAGCAAUAGGCGCUCCGUCUCUCCCACCACACUUUAUAUUAUUAAUUAUAAUUACUGAAAUAUAGCUUACAAUUCCUA